AUGUGUAAAACCGCUCCAUCCCUGCCUCCUGCUACACGCUCCCCCUCCACCCGCAAGGUGGACACCCGAAACGAGCGCCACGGCAGCGGCUGUUGCUGUGGUGAGGCCACCCAAGGCGUCCCUGCCGCCCGAGGAGCCAUCGCCAGGACUGACACGGUUUCAAAUUCCUGGACAGUUGUUGCAGCUGGAUUAUUGGUCCUAGUUUUUAUUGCUCUUUUGGCUCGUGUUCUUGUCAAGAGAAAACCACCAAAAGACCCACUGUUUUAUGUUUAUGCUGUAUUUGCCUUUACCAGUGUAGUCAAUCUUAUAAUUGGGCUGGAACAAGAUGGAAUUAUUGAUGGAUUCAUGACCCAUUACUUGAGAGAGGAUGAACCGUAUCUGAACACAGCGUAUGGCCAUGUGAUCUGCUAUUGGGAUGGCUCAGUUCAUUAUCUGAUGUAUCUCUUGAUGGUGGCAGCUAUUGCAUGGGAACAAAGUUAUAGAACCAUUGGUCUCUACUGGUUAGGUUCCAUUGUCAUGAGCAUCAUUGUCUUUAUGCCUGGAAACAUUGUGGGAAAAUACGGAACAAAAGUGUGUCCUGCUUUUUUCUUAAGCCUGCCAUACAUUUGCCUUCCCAUAUGGGCUGGGUUCCGAAUCUAUAAUCAGCCCUCAGUGACUCAUGAUACUCCAGUCAAGGUGGUUCAGGAAGUCCAGAGGAAAGGACUGUUAAGACGACCAAUAGAUUUGAUCUUAGCUGCAUACCUCAUUCUAGCAGCGGGGUUUUGCAUAUUCAGGGGUAUGAUGCUGGCGUACAUGUUCUACUCUGUGCCAUAUUAUGUGAUUGCACUGUAUGGCCUACUGGUGCCUGGUUGUUCCUGGAUGCCCGAUUUAACCCUUAUACAUGCUGGAGGACUAGCACAGGCUCAGUUUUCCCAUAUUGGUGCUUCUCUUCAUGCUCGAACUCCUUACAUCUACAGAGUCCCUGAAGAGGCAAAACAGUUUUUUCUGAUAUUGAACAUAAUGUAUGGGAUUCUUCCCCAGCUGUUGGCUUACAGGUGUGUAAACAAGCCAGAGUUUUUUAUGAAAAUGAAAGAAGAAGAAAAAACGGAAUAGUGCCACUGCUUUGAGUUCCUCUUUUUGGCUAUGUAAAUAAUUGGCUUCGGAUGUAACCGAACUGCUCAAACGGAACCCAAA